AUGAACCAACUCGUGAGGGCAUGCAGGCCUAAAAUACGCUGCGAGGAACGCUUAUUCUCGAAACCGAUUGUAGACAUCAAGCGCAUCAAGUGCAGCGGCGGAAGGGGUGGAGAUGGCGCAAUAGUGUUCAGCAAACACGGGCCGCACCGGCUGGUCGGCCCUGGCCUCCCGAUAGGUGGAGCUGGAGGGAAAGGUGGAGAUGUCUAUAUCGCACCCAUGAACAAACAAGACAAUCUUGCAGACCUGAGCCAUAUACCAGGUUUUGUGAGAGCUCAAAAUGGAUCUCUAGGCGAAUCAAGGGCCUCGGGGAAACCUGGGAGUGACGCACUAAUUAAGGUCCCCUUAGGAACCCUGGUAUACGAACUCGAUUGUCCACCGGACUUUGAACCCGGCAAAGGGUGGCGGCAUGAGUGCGACGGGUGGAAACGGAGGUUAAUCACCGAUAUAAAUGAACCGUCCCACGAAAAGAUCCUCUUGGCGCGAGGUGGCAGCGGAGGCCGUGGCAACACCAUGAGGACUCCGUAUGAGGCCCAAUACGGUUCGUCACCCCAAGAGGCGUACUAUGAAAUUGAACUGAAGUCCAUCGCUGAUAUAGGGCUGGUUGGGCUACCGAAUGUGGGAAAGUCAACCCUGCUAUCCGCGAUGACGAGGGCAAACUCGAGGAUUGCGGCAUACCCGUUCACUACACUGGCGCCUCACAUUGGCCACGUGAAGUACACUGACGGUGCCAGUGUAAGCGUCGCGGAUCUUCCCGGCAUCGUUGAAUGCAGGAUAACCCAGGAUUUCUUCAGACACAUCGAACGUACCAAGGCGUUGCUCUACGUUAUAGAUGUGUGCAAUACGACCCACAGCUCUAUGCAGGACAGUUUUGAGUCUCUAAGGGAACAGGUGGAAGCGCACGGAACGGGCCUUGCCGACAAGCCGUACGCGAUUGUCGCGACCAAGAUGGACAUAAAUGCGGAUGAUGCUGCGAAAUCGGUUGAUGCAUUGUUUUGGCAUUUGAAAGCUAAGGGUAUUAGAAGUAUGGUGCUUCCAACCAGUGCUAAAUUCGGCCUGGGAAUCCCCAACCUGGUUCGCGCCGUUAGAUGCCUUGUGGAGAAGUUCGCUCAGGAAAUAGCUGGCAGGGUCAAUGAUGAUGACGACUCCCCUCCUCCAACUCAACCGCGUGAAUAG